AUGAAUUUAUCACGGCCGGACAUGUUUCUGUUUACGUUUGGCGUCCGGCACCUGGAAGGCCUGGAGAUCACAUCUAAAGGGACCAACAAGCCCACAGAGAGCAGGUUUUCUUCGGUUCGCUCGGAGAACAAGAAGAGAAAGAUCACUGACUUUGAGUUGGCUCAGCUGCAGGAGAAGCUGAGAGAGACCGAGCUGGUGAUGGAGAACAUCGUGUCCAACGUCAACCACAGUCCUGACAGGGUGAAGGGCGUGACGGCGGAUCAGGAGGAGAGUCUCCUGCAGCAGCUGACGGAGAUCACUCGGGUGAUGCAGGAGGGCCAGCUGAUGGAAGACCUGGCACCACAGAAGAAGACCCAGGAGGACUGGGAAGUUCCUGCAGAUUACCCAGAGGAGCCUGAGCAGCAGCGGGAACAUUCCCGCUGCUGCUGUCAGCACAGCCAGCAGCCCCACAGUCCACAGACGGAGACGGAGAGGACACAAGCCGACGGAGCCGACCUGGAAGACGCUCCCGGGGAGGUCGCGGGUGGAGGAGAUGCUGCUGAGGGAGCCGAGGACCUGAAUAAAGGGAGAGAACCAGAUUUCACAGCGGUGAGUGAGGAGGACGCGGGUCCAGAGAGAGAUUUAGGCGCCAACGUCGAGGCGGACGCGAGUGAACGCAGAGAAGGAGCGGGAAAAAUCGAGCCGGAGGUCACGCUGACGGUGACGUCCGUGAUGGAGCAGGAGCAGGUGGAGGAGCUCACUGGGACGACGGAGACAGAAGCUUCCUGCAGCGCCGUCAGACGGAGGAACAACAAGAGGAGGAGAGCGAAGAAAGCCUCGCACUGACUCUGAAUCUGUUCUCAUCAGAGGGGUCCUGUUAGUGCGCCUCGUUUAGCUUUACUUAAAGUGAAAGAGUGAGUUUUAUAGGAUCAGCUGUCCACUGGAUACUAAAGGAAAGAGUAUAGUUUAAUGUCUUAAAACAGUACCACACUGAAAUAUUUCUUAAGAAAAAACCAGGGCCUCAUAACACUUAUAAAACUAUCUAAUGCAUACAUUUAUGAAGUGUUUUUAUUUAAAUAUUAAGAUGCUUCCAGGAGAAGAUUAGAUGUAAAAAAUGUGCUCAGAAUAUGAACACAACCCAGUGUUGUACUAUUUAUUAUUUAUCAUAUUUCAAUUGUCUUUUUGCACAAUUAACCUCUUUUCCUUUAAAAUGUUUUAUUUACAUGAAGCACUUGGAUUACAGGUGGUUUUAAUAUUCAUAAAUGAAUUAAUACAUUUUGAAAACAGAAAAAAAAAAAAGGUAAUUGGCAAAGAAAGGAAACACUGAUGACAUGUUGUGGUGUUACUGGCACCACUGUAGGUUAGUGAGGUGGUUUAUUGAGAUUCUAGGGACACGGAGCUUUAAAGCAUCAGUGUAACUGGAGCUAGACAUCGAGGCACAUCGGCGUCCGCUCGCAUGCUCUUUGGGAUGGCGGCCGAUACACAACAGAAGGUUUUCAAAUAGAAAAUAUUUGUUUACGGUCUUUCGAUACUGUGUUUUCAAUAACUGCAGAAUUGUAAUUCUCACCCAUAAAGUAGGAGACACCCUCACGUUGUCUGGAGCUCCAGCGAUACGACGCUCGACACGUCCUCCAACUCUCGACGUGUUCAACUUCCUGCCAUCGUUAUGAACAUUUUUAGAUGACACAAUUAAUGCACUGUACUUUAAAGAACGGGUGACACAAAAAGAUGUCCGUCUUCCCGUGAAGUGUUUGUGACGGAGAAAUCUUUUGUCUUCUGUAUUGACGUUUUAAGCUUUUUAAAGAACCUGUUUGUGCUAAAUUAGAUUUUUACUUUUAUAAACUGAAUUUAUUUAUUUUGAAGAGCACAUGGGCAUUCAGGUCAGUGAUUAAAAUACUGUGGAGAAACUAAAUAAAAUGUUCUGGUUCUUAUCUUA